CUCCUAAAAAGUGAGUGGUACCUCAGAGUUUUACCAGUUAAAUUGUGGAGUGUUGUGUUUCACCUUAUUGCUUGGUAAAUAAAUAUACUACCACAAGGAGGCACCCAUAACCCCCUUUGUUGCACUUUUUUGCACUAUUGAGCACUUUAGCACAUUUUUUUUGCACAAUUUUGUUGCAUGAAAGCACAGUCACUUUAUAUUACGAAGUGCACUUUAUUGAUACACUGUCUCCAUCACCCUCCUAUGUGAAAUUUCACACAACGUCUGAAUUAUUAUGGGAGGAGGAAGCCACUAAGGAAGAUUAUAAAGAAACUUCUACAAGCUAUUACUCUUCCUCUGUCAGACUGCAGAAAAGACAGAAAAAUGAAAGGGAACUACGAGCAUCAAUUUCUGGGUUAACAAGACACAUUCUUCAAUUGCUCUUCUUCGUUCCCAAGACUAUCUAAUACAUUCAGUUGUUGACAAAGUAUGGCACACUGAUAACUGUAAAGCCUGCAACAAGAUAAGCGCUCUCAUCAUUUGGUUAACACCCAUCAGCCUCACUCCUCAUAUGUUCUUUAUUAUGCAGAGCAAAGGAACUUUUUUGUCCUGUGACAAACUGAAAAAUGCCACCAAGAUACUCAACCAGCUUGAGAGGACGCCUGCCAUGGGUGCUUCUUAUACUGGAGACAACAUUUAUAUUGCUCUUUAUGUUCUUUUUUUCACAAAACUACAAAUUUGAAAAUAAUCUUCAGUGGUACCCAGCAUUUCAAGAUGUCAGCGCUAUGAUUGUCGUUGGAUUUGGCUUCCUGUUUACAUUCUUAAAAAAGUUUGGUUUUAGUGGAGUCGCUUUUAACCUUCUGAUCACGGUAGUUGGACUGCAAUGGGCCAUCAUUUUGGACUCUUUCCUAUUUAAUAAAUCAACAGAUAUUCCAGUAGUUGGCAUGACAAGCUUGAGAACAGGAAUAAUGAGCGUUUUUCCAGUCUUACUCUCAUGUGGAGUUGUUCUAGGAAAAGUGAAUCCACUACAGUUGGUAGUUAUGACUGCCCUGGAAUUGCCUAUAUUCACUGCAAACAGAUACAUUAUGACAACGUAUCUUAUGAUGAAUGAUCAUGUUAGUAUGAUGUAUGCUCAUAUCUUUGGGGCAUAUUUUGGACUGGCAGUAUCAUGGUCAAUGAUUCCACCUUUAUUAGGUAACAAGGCUAGUGAGGAGAACGAGAAAUCUGAAGCUACCUCAGAUCUUUUUUCCAUGUUAGGAACGCUGUUCAUGUGGAUGUUUUGGCCAUCCUAUAACUCUGUAUUGCUGAGUGAUCAUGCACAGUUAAGAAAUGCUGUCUACAACACUUAUUUUACAUUGGCUGCUAGCACUGUGACUGUGUUUUCUGCAUCCGCUUUCCUCAACCAGAAGGGGAAAUUUAAAAUGAUACAUGUCCAUAAUGCUGUGUUGGCUGGAGGAGUUUCAGUUGGAUUUACAGCUUACAUGCUUCAGAAUCCAUGGAUUGCACUGACACUGGGGUUACUGGCUGCAUUAAUUUCUACAUGUGGUUUUGUUUACCUGCAGGGCACGUUGAAUGUAACUGCGCUAGUACAUGAUACAUGUGGCGUUCAUUGUACUUUUGGGUUGCCAGGUCUUUUCGGUGGUAUGGCCUACGCAAUCAUUAUCCUUUUGGCAGAUUACAGAAGCAUUCACAUACUGAAAUACCAAGCAGUUGUUGUUGUUGGAUGUGUUCUUCUAACACUGACACUGAGUCUAGUUGGGGGACUUCUGACAGGUUUCCUGUUGAAAUGUAAAUUACUGAGGCCCCCCAAAGAAUGGCAUUUGUUCCAUGAUCAACCAUACUGGGAGUUUCCUCAUUUGGCCUCUCUUAUCUAGGAAAGGACAACAGACGGAUUCAUAGCUGGUUAUUUUACUCCCGGGAUUAUUCCUGUGUUUAUGUAAAAUGUAACAAUAUACUGCAUGUGCUUUACUAAAGUAAUAAUCCAUGACGAAUAGUGCACUGUAGCCUUUGGCAUGUAACCCAAUCAGUAAUGCCAUGUUCUGAGGAUUAUUACAAUUAUAAAUAAACUAAUCAGCUAUAUCUAUGAUUUAUCCUACAAAGAUGCAAACCCCAUUGUUUCCAUCCUCCUCUAACACCCCGACAACUUCUGACACCGAUGGAUCCUGAUCUCCCUCACUUUCCAGUUCAGGUGCCAUUAUCUCCAUAGUUAUAAGAACGCAGCCACCUACUCCACCUUCUCAAGAGCAGUGAUCGAGAGCGCCCUAGAUAAUCCUUGGUCUCAUGUUCCUAGCUGGAGUAGGCCGACGUGUGCAAUUUCUUCUCCAAGUAAAAGGACAGGAGUAGGGUAAUGUUAGUUUGCAUACAGCUUAACGCAUUCUUGUUUCAUUGCAAAGUUGCCUGAAAGAGACAGCGAGUAAAAAGCAGGGUGUAUAAAGUGUAUUCAGCCAGUACAGCUGUCCUCACCUAAGGCCUAAUUCAGACCUGAUCGCAGCAGCAAAAUUGUUCUCUAAUGGGCAAAAACAUGUUGCACUGCAGGGGGCGGCAGAUAUAACAUGUGCAGAGAGAGUUAGAUUUGGGUGUGGUGUGUUCAAACUGAAAUCUAAAGGGGGGUACUCACGGGGAGAUCCAUGCUUAAAAUCUAAGCAAUCUGACUAGAUUGCUUAGAUUUUAAGAACAGAUCACUCGUGUGUAGCCCCCUCAGCGAUAGCUAUGCGCGGCCCCGCACAUCGCUAUCGCCGCUGCUAGAUUGAGCCUGCAUGCAGACCAAUCUAGCACGUCGCUCAUUUCACCCGCUGGGUGAAAUGAGCGGCUCCCCGUCCUCCCCCGCAUCGCUCAGCACACAUCGCGCUGUGCUGAGCGGCGGGAGAGAUGUGUGCUGAGCGGUUCGCUCAGCACACAUCUCUCCUGUGUAUAGGGCCCUUAAGUUGCAGUGUAAAAAUAAAGCAGCCAAUAUUUACCCUGAACAGUAAAGGCUCAUACUCACGGAGAGAUUUCUGCAAGAGAUGUGUGCUAAGCAAUUUAGCACGGGAGAUGUCCCUUGAACAUCCCGGUGUCUAGAUCUCCCAUACACACGUGAGAUCUGUGCUGAGCAAUCUGUGCUGAGCAAUCUGUGCUAAACAAAAAAAAAGUCCUAUUUAAAUAGUGGGUUGGUAUUAUAGG